AUGGUUGAGGGAGGCCAGGCCGUUUCUGUGGCAACCACGGAGCGUCUCGCUGGUUGCGAGGAGAGCAGCAGGCGCGCGGAAAUCGGCGAGACGCCCGGCACCCCUCACUCCCCUGAAGAUGGGGACCAUGGUAGAGAUUCAGGGCGCAACAGCAGCCAGUCAGAAUCCACGACCUCAGUUGGGUCUGUCCCAAACGAAGCACUUUCGGGGGUGCAGGUGGAUCAGGCCAUCGCUCGCGCCGUGCGGGAGAGGCAUGGUGUCCUGAGGUCAGCGUUCCGGGCCCUGGACACUGAGGGGAACUUCACCGUUACUAAAGGAGAGUUUUGGCAGGUCAUCCAGGGCUUCAUCCUCCCGCUGACGCAACCGCAGUUCACAGCGCUGCUGGCCAAGGCUCCAAGGAGAGAAAAUGGGAGCGUGGCCUACAUGGAGUUCCUGAGGAGAUACUGCAGAACCCCCACUGCGAGGAGCAGGUUCCCCCCCAGGAGUCGACAGCAGGCUAUGACCCUGAAGGAACUUCAGCACUGCCUCAGAGACAAGAUUGGGAACAACUUAAAGAAUGUGACCAGGGCCUUCCGUCUGUUCGAUCACAACCGGGACGGCAGGAUCCAGAAACAUGAACUGCUCAGGGUCUUGGAGAGCUACUGCCUACCCCUGGGAAACCAGGAGUUCUACAGACUUUGGUCGCACUACAGCCCAGACAACCCAGGAACCAUGUCGUACAGAGACUUUCUCCAGAGACUCAGCAUUGACUGCGAAAACAACGCCAAGUUGGAGAGUGAGGAUUCGGUGAAGUCAGCUUUGAACUGGGCUGCUGUCAGUCGAGAUAAUGUGAGACAGCUGCAGGAAAGGACACCUGCAGACUCUGCCACCCUGCCGUGCCAAGGACUGACACUAGAGCAGGUUCACGAUGCCUUCUUGAAUAAAAUGCGUCUGAGCUACAACGAUGUCUGGCGAGCUCUCCAGGUGUCUGACGUUACCUGCAGCGGAGUAGUCUCCCUGGAGGACCUGAGAUCCAUCAUCACCCACUUCCUGUUCCCUUUGAGCGACUUCCUGUUCCAUGGUCUGGCGAGCCGGUUUGGCCUGAAGGCUGCAGAACCGGUACCGUGGACCCAGUUCAUGGCCCAGUUUAAGGAUUUGGCCCCGGACGAGAGGCAGACAUCACGUGUUAGGGGGCACUCUGAGCAGCAGGGCCCUGAUAUAGCCCAGCAGAACCUGCAGGCCCUACAGGAAGUCUACCCUCUGCUGAAGAGCUCUGCCCUGAAGUCUGAUCAAGGCAGGGCCGGGAAGGUCAUGCGGGCAGAGCUGCGGAGGUUGUUGGAAGGCCACAAGUUUCGCCUGACAGAGCUGCAGUUUAAAGAGCUGAUGAUCUUGCUGGACCCUGCACACACUGGUGUUAUCGACAGCCAGCGCAUCCUGGAGCUAUUGCACCCACCACCGGAUAGCAUGGUAGAGGCCAGGGAGUGCAGUGGACCCACACAGAAAGACAAGCUAACCAUGGAGGCUGAUGGAUGGAGCACAGUAGAGGGGUUACUACGUGACAAACUCUCAGAGCACCUUGACCAGGUCACAGAGGCACUCAGACACUAUGACCAAGGUCAGAAUGGGACGGUUCAUCGAGAUGAACUUAGGGAGGUCAUCAACCGCUAUGGGCUACCUUUGUCAGAGGGUCACUUCAACAGACUUUGUGAGCCACACACGGACUCGGGAAGACUAGCAUAUGACCGGUUUCUGAAUAGUUUGGGUGUGUCAAAGAGACGCAGCACAGCAAGAGCCCACAGGGCAAUCAGCAGGUCAUCUGCGUGCAGGGUUAGAACCCGGGCUGUGGAGAACACGGUAUUGAGGAAGAUGAGAGAGAACCUGGCCCAGCGGAACAUCACCGUUCACGACUGUCUCCCGGAAACAGGAGGGAACUCUGACGGAACGCUGAGUUUAAAGCACUUUGAGAGGAUGCUGGAGGACUGUGGAAUCAGUCUUGAUCAGGAGGAGUUUGAUGUUCUGACUGAAGCUCUUGGUUUUAAGGAUGGAACCCUCUCCCAUGCCGACUUCCUGGUUAAAUAUGAAGAUAAACUGAAGGAGAAGAGGGCGACAGAGCUGAAUAACAGUGUGACGGAGAAGCAGCCACGCUUCCUGACAGCAGAGGACUGUCUCUCUCAGAUGAAGGAGAGGAUCGAGAAGUACCACGGGGAUGUCCUCACGGCCUUCCUCCUGAUAGACCGGAACCGGGACAGCGUCAUCGACAGGAACGACCUCAGGCGGCUGUUCGACACCCUGAUAUUCCUCACCAAAGAGCAGGAGUACCAGCGUAUGCUGGAUCUGCUGGGACUCAAACCUGGAGCCACACUGAACUACACAGAGUUCUACAGCACCAUCCAGGCCUGCAGCCAGUCAGGUGCACUGCCUCGACCCACCACCAGAUCGAAACGGUUUGUGGAAGAAGCAGGGGAACAGGUUCACAGUCACCUGGUGGCUCGAGCUCGCAGCAGUUGGUCUGAUAUGGCGAAGGCUUUUUUUCACUCCGAUGAAGAGGGUAACGGCCUUGUCUCUAAGAAUGAAUUGAGAGAGCUCCUGUACUCCUAUGCUUUGCCCAUCACCGCAAACCAGUUCGAAAAAAUCUGGUCCAGGUAUGACAGAGAAGGUAGAGGUGUGCUCACCCAGUCUGAGUUCCUGGACAAGCUGGGCGUGGCUCCUGAGAGCUGUGGGCGUGGCCAGAGCCGGCAGACGGAGGAGGGGCGUUCUGAUUCGCGGGCGCUGGGGACAGCGGGCAGUGCUACACCGGGGCCCCUCCCAGAGUCACGCCCCGAGCCCCUCCCUCAGAGAGAGAGCGUGGAGCACUUUAGCCCCGACAAGGCCAUGCAGAGAGUGAGAGAGGAGGUCACGACCUCCUACUACACCCUGCUCAAGGCCUUCUCUGCCCUCGACAGGAGUGGGAAUGGUACCGUCUCAUCGCUGGAGUUCCGGAGGGUUCUGGACCAUUUCUGUGUCAGACUGUCAGACAGGCAGCAUACACACCUGCUGGCCAGUCUGCCUGUGAGCGAGGAGGACCACAGCAUCCCCUGGAGGACAUUCCUGGAACGAUUCCACCUCAACAACCAGGUCAAAACCUCUGACGACCGGCCGGAGAAAGCAGAAGGAUAUGUGAAGCCACGCCCACUUCCACUGAGUGACAUCCUAGAACGCAUCAGGGAGGUGGUGUGUGCCAGGAUCUACACAAUCGCCAAGGAGAUGGCUGACCGGGACUACGCCCAUCUUAACGUCAUCUCCAAAGAGAACUUCAGGAUCAUCUGCGACCGCCAUUUCCUGAGGCUCACGCCUGAACAGUUUGAGGGCUUGUGGAAGCAGCUGCCAGUGAAUGAUUUUGGAAACCUGGAGUACAACGAGUUUCUGAAGAAGUUCAGUGGAGACCCUGCUGGGGGACUGCAAAACUCGGAGAGAAGGGACCCCAGGCCAAGCUCAGGGGUACCCACCACAACCAUACGCCGCCCCAAAACUGCCCCCUGCACCCUUGGACGCAAUAAGUCAGCAGAUGUGGAGGAGCCCAGGGGAGCUGUGUCUGUUCAGGGGAGCAGUGCUACGCCCCUGCGGACCUUCGACGCCCUGGACCGGACGAUGCGCGGGCAGAUCCGCGGCUGCUGGAGGGAGCUCCAGAGACGGUGCCAGGACGAGGACAUGGCGGGAUGCGGUGGGAUCGGCACGGACCGCUUCCUGGCCAUCCUGCAGGACCUGAGUGUGAGGAUGACGAGGUCAGAGCUGGAGCAGCUAGCGCUGAAGUACGGCAUCGCGGUCAAUGGCAGGAUCCCGUAUGUCGACUUCCUGCGCCAUCUCCUCCUCUCCAUGCAGCCCCGCCCCGCCACCGCCUUCCAUCGACCCAAAGUGCCGCUGCCACGCACCCCGGUGAGCAAGGGGGUUCUGACUGGGCCGUGUGCAGACACCAUGCUUGGAAUGCUCGGCUUGGUUCGGAAGUUCAGGAGACCAAUGAGACACAGCUUUGUUGCCUGCGAUCCAACCCGGAACGGCCAGAUCUCCAUUAGUGAUUUCAGACAGGUACUGGGGCAGUAUGGAAUCUGCCUUUCCCAAGACGAAGUCUUCCAUCUCACCUCUUACUUUGACAAAAAUCUCUCAGGGAAGAUAUCCUACAACGACUUCCUGCAUUCCUUUCUACAGUGA